AUUUGGAUUUUUGAAGAUGUCGCGAUAUUUUUUUGUUCUAUGGAUUGGUGAAAUUAUUCCGAGAGUUUUCCUAAAAGAAUUUAUUCAGCGACGCUUUAGCUAAAUGCAAAUGAUUACCUUUAUUGUUUUAUUUGGUAGUGUUGUGUGAAGUUAUUAAAAUGGAAGUUUUGUUUAUAUUGUGCCUCGUUUCAUUCGGACUGGCUUACGAUAAAGCGUCCUUUUAUGGUGCCAGCUACAUUUCCUAUCCACUUCAGGAAGCUAAAGGCGUUACGGACAUAAGCUUUAGAUUCCGCACCCAUUUGUCUGACGCUCUAUUAUUACUAGCAGCAGGCAAAACAGAUUACUGUAUGAUUCGACUUGAAAGUGGUAGAUUAAAACUGCACAUUAACCUUGGAGCGGGGGAGAGUGAACUGUCAUCAUCAAAGGGCAUUAACCUUAACGAUACAGAAUGGCAUUAUGUGAGCAUUAUCAGGAGAGAAGCAAAUCUUACUAUGAAGGUUGACGACAACAUUGUGAAGAAGAGGUUACCGGGCCGCUUCUUCGAGUUAAACAUCCAUUAUGGCAUAUUUCUCGGAGGGCAAGGCGAUUUUUCGGAACUAUUUCUCGGUCAUAUGGAAAAUUUUCGCGGAUGCAUGGAAGAUGUUUACUACAACGGAGUGAAAAUAAUUGAAAAAGCUCGAAGCCGCAGUGGUUCAGUUCACGUAGAAGGAGUGACGUGGAAUUGCGCCCCAGAGUUCGAUGCCGAUAUUAACUCUGACAUUAGUUUCAUUGACGAGGGCGCCUAUUUGAUUCUACCGAAAAUUAACUCAAGAGCGGGAGGAAGGUGGCAGAUAGAAUUCAAAACGAUAACGCCAAACGCAAUCAUCUUAUACAAUCCCGGUGGCGGCCGCGGUUCUGAUUACUUGGCUGUUGAGAUAUUGGAAGGAGUUGUGAGGGUUAAGAUGGCUCGUGGACAGAUCGUACAUACGGAGAGAGUGAACGAUGGCCAGUGGCAUAAAAUGCAUCUGCUCUUCAACCCCUCUCUUAUCGAGCUUUCCAUAGAUAACAUAGCGAUGAGCACUCGGAUAGAAAGUGGUGGCACAAGAUAUCUAGAUCUGUGGGACUCCUUCUACCUUGGUGGCAUAGAGAGUGAGAAACGGCAGAAGGCUUUCUCAAAAGGCAUCAAGGCAGCUGAUUCUAGUAUUAUGGGCUGUAUCAGACCGAUCGAGGUGGACGAUAAGAUAAUAGGUUUACCGAACGCAGUGGUGACUUACGGAGUGAGUCCAAGGUGCGUGUGGUGGUAUCCUUGCCACGCCGGUCCUAGCCCGCCUUGUGUGUCCCGCGCCACUUGCGAGCAACACGGAGUGGAUCACUUCACUUGCAAGUGUGACACGGAUCUGUGCAUCAACCCGGACUACGCUGAGAAGUAUAAGGUAUUUUCAAAAUCCAGCAGCGAAUUAGAACUUGUAGCUUUGUACCCGUUGACGGUACAAGAAGGCGGUGUAGCAGUUAUAACCACACAGAAUAUCGACGUGGUGCUCGACCACCAUAAGUAUGGCGUUCGACCAUCUGGAGUUUUGCUUCACGUGGCACAAUCCCCUCAACAUGGGAGGAUCGCAGUGGACUUGUCACUGCAGAGGAAUUUGCCGCAGUACACUAAUUAUAUAGAAGGCGAGAAGUCUAAGCAGUUCUUCACGUUGAUGGACUUGUCUAGGGAUAAGGUCCGAUAUGUGCAUGAUGGAUCAGAGAACCACCAAGAUGCGAUUGUGGUUGAAAUGGAACUGAUACCGGAGACUAAAUUCACUCUUCCCAGCUACCUUCAAGGUCGUAACACGUUUGUCUUACACGUUAAUGUUACGCCAGUUAAUGACCCACCUGUGCUGAAUCUUCUCCCUGGGAAAGUACUCAGACUUACUCAGGGUACAAGAAAGAUCAUAACAUCUGACAUACUGAAAGCAGAAGACCCUGAUACUCCGCCAGAAGACCUAUUGUACACAGUACUGCAUGGGAAGAAUGAAGCUAACAGUGGCCACAUUGAAAUGUCCGGACAGCCAGUCGACUCUUUCACGCAACAGGACAUAGACGCUGGUGUUAUAUCGUACGUCCACGGAACAAAUAGUGAUAAGCAGCUUAAUAAAACGUCACUCCGGCUGACUUUACAGGUAUCAGACGGAAUAGAAACGAGCGGUCCAGGUGUGCUUCGAAUAUCAGUAGUACCGCUACAAGUCCGCCUAGUCAAUAACACCGGUCUCUUUCUAGUUCACAACUCGUACGCAUUAAUUACCUCCGAGAACUUAACUUUUGCGACAAACGCUGACGAGACGAACGUUCACGUCAAGUAUGAUAUAGUCAAGCCGCCACAGUUUGGUGUGGUAGAACGUCUGCGAGUGUUAGAUGGAACUUGGCAAACGGUCGAUUCUUUCACAAGCGAAAUGGUUAACUUUAACCGCGUAAGAUACAUGCAUAUACUUGGGAACCCCACGCAUGACGAAUUAAAGUUCAAGGCAUCCGUGGGCACUGUUCGAACGAACACACUAUACGACUUUCGACUAACUUUUAUCAAACUCGAAUUAUACCAAUCGACAAACGAAGAAUUAGUGCUAAACAAUACAAGAGAAGCUUUUAUAUCGGCACAGCAUCUGAGGUUCAAGACAAGACCCCUAAGUUUGCCCGGGGAACGCAUACUGUUCACGUUACUGAAGCCUCCGAAAUACGGCAUUUUACAUUUAUCAUCAGGCAAGCAUCACUUGCAAACGUACAGUACUUUCACACAACAGGAUAUAGACUUAGAUCAACUAUGGUACAGAUUGCAUAGACGGGCAUAUUCUCAUAUACAAGAUGAAUUCACAUUUGUCGUGGGAGCUACGGAGUGCGAAAACAUUACCGGUGUAAUGACGAUCAGGCAUGUGCCGGGAUCUGUUACCUCAGAUCAUUUGACCGGUCGAGUUCACACCACAUUGGAAAGGUUGCAAGUGAUUGAAGGCUCCAGAAUGGCAAUUCCAGCAACGCAUUUGAAUUUCCGAACAGAUGUCAUCACGAAUCUUGUGUUCAAUAUCACACAUUUACCCAAACACGGAAAGAUUGAAGUUAUCAGCGAUAAUCUGAAGAUUGUGAGAGAUAACACUACAUACUUUACGCUUCAGGAAUUGAAUUCUGACAGGGUGUAUUAUUCCCAUGACGACUCAGAAAGCAGACAUGAUUCGUUUCAUUUUAUGGCAUUGAGUCCAGAACCGGAAGAUUUUCAAUAUGUCGGAGUGUUCCACAUUGAUAUAAUACUUAAAAAUGAUAACAGUCCCGUGCGGGCGAACGAAAGAGUCUUCCAUAUCGUUCAUGGAGGGGCGAGGCUCAUAACUGCUCGAGAUCUGAGUUACACAGACGCAGAUUUGGAUACUAAGCCAUCAGAUAUAAUGUAUACCGUGCAAAGAUUUACCAAAGACCCUCCAAAUGGUGGUAUAUUUAGAGCUGAUAACCCAUCGGAACAAAUUGCUCAGUUUACGCAAGACGAUAUUAACAAGAAUCUUGUACUAUUCAAACAUCAAGGCAAAGAGUACGGGAAAAUGGCCUUUUGGAUUUCGGAUGGUUUGUUCGAUGUUAACGGCAAUUUAGAAAUACAAGCGUCACCACCGUUCAUAAGAAUGUACCCAACAAAUGGUUCCAUUGUCGAAAAUGGAAAAGCGGUCGUCAUUACUACUAGAAGCUUGCAAGUGGACACAAACAUGAACUGUAUUGAAGAAGAUAUUCGGUAUGAAGUCACACAAAAGCCAAAGCAUGGCUCCAUAGAAGUGGGUGAAGGACAGGGUGCUAUAACUUUCACGCAAUUAGACGUUGCUGCAGGCAGAGUUGCAUACAGACAUAGAGAGCCGAAGAUACCAGCUGACUUAUUCAGGUUCAAGGUUAUGUGUUUGGAGGCCUGGGGAGAAGGCAUUUACCCCAUUAAGAUAUUCCCAUCGAGUUACUGGGAACCUUUGAAGAUUACUACCAAUAAAGCGCUCAUUGUCGAGGAGUCGACCAGUGUUAACAUUACCAAGGACAUUUUGGAGGUUAUGCACCCCCAAAUCGAGCCAUCAAACAUAGUUUUUCAAGUAAUCGAAGGUCCUUACCACGGAUGGCUAGAAAUAUCUUCAACGCCCGGCACCAUUGAAGUCGAAAACUACGAAGAACCUGUUCACACAAAAAUGUUCGAUCAAUCCAUUAUCAACAUGAAUCGACUAGUUUACGUUCAAUCUGGGGUAAACAGAACUAGGGAUAAAAUAAAAAUGGAUGUAACAAACGGCAUUGUGUGGCUUAGAAGCGUAGAAUUAACAGUUAUAAUAAUACCGGAGCAUUUCUACGUUGUUUCCUCUAACUUGACAGUCGUUGAAGGUGAAUCAGUUAGUAUGAAGCAAGACUUGUUUAGAAUAAUCACGGAUUACUAUCGCGGUAAAGUUAUAUCUUACAAAGUGAUACAAAAACCCAAGAAUGGGAAAAUUAUGAUGGGUGACCAAGACCUCAGUUUGUUACCCGUUUUAAAGCUAAAUACGGGCAACAUAAUGUAUGUAAACGAUGGUUCAGAAGAAACUUCAGAUUCAAUAAAACUAAAAGCACUAACGGAAGGGGGUAAAGAAAGCGAACCGUUCUACGUGAACAUAAACAUCGUUCCAGUUAAUGAUGAACCGCCCAUAGUAGCCGCUAAUACCGGCCUCUGUGUUUGGGAAGGAGGCACUUUCACUUUCACCAGAAAUGAACUUUAUGUUAACGACAUAGACACUCCGCUCAAGAACGUGACAAUCAGAGUUGUGGAUAUAGUUUCUGGUUACAUAGCCAUGAAGGGUGACUUGGAGAAUUCGGUAGACCGUUUCACGCAAGCUGAUAUCGAUAGUAGACAAGUCCUGUUUGUUCAUAAAAAUGGCUCCAAGGGCAAGAUGAUAUUCAACGUCACGGACGGUCUUCACGAAUUGUCCAAAAUAACAUUUCUUAUAACUACCAAAUCUGUGUCGUUAAAAUUAGUGAGAAAGCACACCCUGCGCGUUUUCCCAUUAAUGAGAGAACCGCUUAACAAUUACCAUCUAAUGUCGAAAUGCUCGGAUUACACAAGAAAUAUAAUAUACAAAAUUGACAGAGCCCCGGCCCUCGGCCGUCUCAUCAUGCUUAAUGGCGAAAACCACCACAGAUCAAUUAAGCAAUUCACGCAGCAAGACAUCAAUAAAACAUUAGUUUAUUACGAGCACACGCAUCCUUUCUCCGACUUACACACAAACGACUCAUUUAUAUUUACGGUGGAAACCGCACUGGCCAAAUCUAUAGGCGAUCAAAUAUUUAAUAUAGAUAUAUCCGUGUCCUCUGGUGGUUUAGCCAAAUACGUGCAUGUCCCAGUAACAAAAGUUCAGGAAGGUGGUAAAGUUCCCAUAGUAGUGAACGUUACGAACGUUAUAACGUAUUUGGAAGGCCAAGCGGGUGUCAGACAACCUCAAAUUGAAGCACAGUGGUCUCAACCAUCACACGGUGAAUUAAAGCCAUUCUUAUCAUCUCUUACCCAAGCGCAGUUAGAAAAUGGUGAAGUGACAUAUGAACACGAUGAUUCCGAUACCUUACAGGACAAAAUCGAUAUGGCCCUUUACCUAUUACCCGACUACGUACUUCUCUGCAAUGUAACGAUAACGAUUAACAUAGUACCGGUGAACGAUCAACCGUUCAGAUUGCUCACGGACACCCCACAGAUACAAGUCGUUCAGGGAGAAAACUAUACCUUAACGAAGAAUGAUUUACUUACUGAAGACGCUGAUACGGCCCCAUCUGGUAUUUUAUACGAUAUAAUUAGUGGCCCGACGCAAGGAAGACUUGUCAUGUGGGAAAAAAACGAAACUAUGGAUGAGGCGCAAUCUAUAAACAAAUUCACUCAGGAAGAUAUAAAUAAUGGCAAAAUUAUAUACGAACAUUCCGGUCUGCUCCAAACGGCAACUUUCUACUUCAGAGUAUGGGAUGGGCAAUUUAAACCGACUUACACGGUUUUCACUAUAGACGUUUUACCUGUCAUAUUAAAUGCUACUUCAUUGCAUCCAAUAUACCUGCAGCAGGGUUCGAAUGUAGCCACUGUGACCACCGAUCAAAUAUACAUAGAAACAAAUGCAAAGAAAUCUAAGGUGUGGUACAAUAUAACAGGACAACCUGUCCACGGAAUGAUUUAUCUGGGCAGAAAUCCUGUUACUUACUUUUCCCAUUCGGAUUUGAUGGAAAAAGUUGUCAUUUACAUGCAGAACGACAUGACAGUCGCAAACGACAGUUUCGAUCUUAUAGCCUACGUGCACAAUAGUAAUUCAACCAUGCCUUUUAAAAUAGAAGUUGUCGUGCAGCCAUUGAUGAUACUAGGUGACUUAAAGGUUGAGGCAGACAAGUCAAAAAUAACACUUUCAAAUCUAGACGCGACAGAAUUAGCCAAGCUUACGGCCAGUGUUCCGGUAUACACGUUAAUAAAGAAACCAAAAUAUGGUACCUUGAAGAAAAUUAUUCGAAGUUCUGGUGAGAAAACUAGCGCCAGAGAACGCGAGAUUGCUUAUUUCACGCACGAGGACGUCAAAGCGGGCGUUAUUUAUUAUGUGCCAAAGAAGAAAUUAAGUUAUUUAAAUGGAUUGGAGGAUAGUUUUAAGUUUUUGCUAGCGGCUACAAUAUUUCAGCCGGCCGCUGGCGAAAUUAAAAUAUUUAUUGGAACCGGACAAAAGAAGAAUCUUCCAGGACCUAACGAUCCCGAGAGCCAUGAGGGCAUACCGGUUGCGAAUGGCGAAUCGGCGUCUUAUUACAUGAUGGUCAUCAUGGCGCUAUUGGGGACGGUUCUGGCGAUCAUAGUGAUAUUUGGCCUGUUGAAAUGUCGGCGAUACCUCAUGCGGGAACAGAAUGCGCUGGUUAAAAUUCAUGGACAAAGCCAGGGCGCAGUUGCUCCUAUACCGUUGCCUAGGCCGCCAGAUCACCUAAUGCCAUCGCCUACUCAAGCAACUCCACCUAUUAAAAGAUACGUGUCAUCGGAGCAGUCAGUUCACACAGGCGCCAGUACGCCACUGCCGUCUGGUGGCAGCGUUGCCUGUAAAGUGACUCCAUUAGCAGACUCUGGGCUGCCCGACCUCAACGCGCGGUACCCAUAUGGCGCGGAAGAUCACACUGAUGCUGAAGACUGGAGCAGUUAUGAGGCGAGCGAAUCGGCGUACCCAAUCCGAGCACCGGGUGCAGCCCCCGCAAAUCCCAUGCUCAGACGCAAUCAAUACUGGGUCUGACCCGCGGAGACCUUUACCCUUCCCAGGGUGCCAAGACAAGUAACUCUAACAACCCAUGAGAACUUCGUGACGCUUAGCCGUCGACCAAACCGACGCGGGAUCGACUUCGUACCAACGCCGUUCCUACUGAGCAAUUACAAGGUGACUAAGUACGCAAGUUGUGAAGUGACUCUUUAGGUACGACACAUACAAAAAGCUAGACGUUUAUCGCAUUCGAAGGCCCUAAAUAUUUAUAGUUAUGAAU